AUGGCCAUGGUUCACCCGGACAAGAGAUAUGAUAGCGACUCGGGCAGCGACGAUGCCGUCAGCAUGAAUAUCCCUUAUCAGGCUCGUGGGUCUGUUUAUUCAUCGUUUCCUCCCCCGCCGGCCCCCGCGGCGACAAUUCGCGAAAAGCGAGCUCGCCUUCAGCCUCCGCCUCGACCUGUCGAGACGAUCCCUCCGUUGCCGCCUGUGCCUGUUGUUGUACCGCAGCCAAAGUCACCCGUGGGUUUGGGGUUACUGAGUCCUCCUCUGACCGCGCUCAGGCCUAAACGGAAGACCAUCUUGGAGAGGAUUGACGGGUGGUGGGAUUUGGGGCUGCUGGAGAAAAGGCAGACUCUUUUUGGCAAACACCGUAAUGAGUUGCAUUAG